UUUUAUCUAAAUUCCAAAGAACUAUCACCAAUACAGACAAACAAGAAACAACCUUAUCUUCUUCUACUCGAGCAAGUUUCCACACUAUCAUGGCCUCAGCAGUGAUUCAAUUCCUCCCCCAUCCACACUCUCUUCAUCAACUCCAUCCCUCUUCAAAUCCCUCACAAUUCCACAUCCACAAUCUCCCACACCUCAAAAAACACCACCUGACCAUCAAAUGUACUUCUUCAAAUGACUCAGCUCCUGAACCAGACUUCCCAACCCCACCUCCAGGCUCUGAAACCACCAUCAGCCCAGAUAAGUUUCCAAUCGAAAAGCGAAGAAGAUCCGAAAUAACACGAGACCGGAGGUCCAGAACCAGUCUAGUGAAGCCUGAGCCACCAAACUUUGAGAUAGGAUGGAAGAGAACCAAGGAGAUUCCAUUGGAGAAGCCAAAAGGGUAUGUGAUAAUGGAUUUUUUGGAGAAGUUGGUGGGAUUAAUGGAGAGAGAGUUUGGGUCGGUGGCGCUUUUGGCGAAAGCGGGAGAGAUUGUGGCAGAGAGAGCUAGAGAAGAAGCAGAGGUGUUGAGAGAGGAGGGAGAAGUGGAUGAGAGAAUGGUGACUGAGCUGUUUAGAGUAUUGAAGCUGAUGGAAAUGGACUUGGCUAUGGUUAAAGCUGCUGUGAAAGAAGAGACUUUGAAUGAGAGGAUUGAACAAGCCAAGGCAAGGUGCAGGCAAGCUAUUCUUGUUGCAAAUUCGUUUUGAUUGAUAGUUUGUAUUGAAUUAUUCAUGGGGGCAAACUCAUUUGGUUUUCUGAUUGAGUAAUGUUAUACCAAAAAAAAAAAAAAAUUGGAACUUUGAUUA